AUGGACGAUGGUGAUCCCAAUUUCCCUGGAUGGGGCCGCGAUGGCAGAGCUUUGCACAAGAAACUUCCGCCCGGCAUGUGGUGUGUGACGCCGCAGGACCUACGCUUCCUUCGGCAGGAAGUCCGCCAGGCAAUCGACCAUAAAAUGGUCAUGCCGAUUAUCGAGCCGGUCUUCGAUGACGAGAGGCCCGAUCCCUUCAAUCCAGAGGAUGAUAGAAUUGGCCCCAACAUGUACAAUUUGACCGACAACUACAUCAAGCCUCUGACUCUGGAUGCCGGCAGGAUGAGCUGGGCUCUGCUCCGAAAUCCUGAGGGACUUCCAUGCGACCUUUUCAUCACGCAUGCCUGGCAGGAGGGUGCCUUUGAGUUUCUGGACAAAGUGCUUGCUAGCUGGCCAAGGGGAAAGAGAGCUGCCUGGUGCUGUGUCCUUGCCAUGCCACAGAGCCUUCCCCGCUACAUCAAUAGCCUCAUCGCUGUGCCCCGCACCUCUCCCUUUGCCCUGGCCUUGCAGAAUGCCAGUCACAUGCUAGUUGUCCCCACGCAGGUCUGCAGCAUCUACUCCCGGCUUUGGUGUGGCUACGAGGCAUAUCUGGCGACCUACUACAACAAGGUGGUUAUCACUGCCAGGCCCCCAUUGAAGCGGCUUCCCUCUGUAGCAGUGGCGCUGUUGACCAUAGUCACUGGUGCCGUUGCCGGAUUCUUCUGGAGUGCAGCAGGCAAAGCUGCCGCCAGUCCAACCGACACCUUUGACACCUGGAAGGAUGUGGUGCACUCCCUGCAAGUGUCAUAUGCCUUGGGCGCGAAGCCCCCGUUCAUUUUUGAAGAUGUGGCAGCAGGUUGUGUGGUGCUGGUGGUUCUCUGUGGCCGUUCCUCCCGUGCUAUUGCCGGCCUCAACUGUUUGGGAUCGUUGGCCCUGGGAUUUAUCCUGGGCUUUUGGACCCGAAUCAUUUCGACACUAGGUUUCUUGCCGCUGCGAGUCGUAACUCAAGACCCCACAGGGAAGUUCUUGUUGAUCCCACUCUUCUUCAUCUUCCUGGUCUCCAGCGAAAUGGAUCGACUCCAUGCUGUGCAGCGAAAGCAGGAAUCUUCCUCGCUGCAACUGAAAAAGGGCACUCGAGUGCAAGAUGCUACCUGUGGUAAUCCAGACGACACGAAUACCAUCAAAGGUGAGAUUGCUGACCGCUGGAGACAGGUGGAAGCUUCAGUACAAGUUCUGCUGGACUCAGGAAUGUCAACGCCGGCCUUGAGGGAAGUGAGACAACAGCAAUUCUCGGUGCGGGGUCUUGCAGAUGUGAAACUCUCUCGAUGCUGGCUGGCCCUCGCUGUGUGGCUUUUUCAUUUCCUCCUCUAUGGAUGCAGUGAUGCUUUGCUGGGUGGUAUGAAUGGUAUCCUCAUGGGUAGUACAGUGGUCUUGUGGUGCAGUGCAGAGCGGGAUGACAAGGCUUUUUUGGGCUCGCUUUCUGCGAAGAUCGUGACACUUGCCUUCGCCACUUGCUACGCGAUCUCGUACGGCUUUAAGCUCAAGGAGCUCGCAGACGUCCAAAAGGCCCUCAUCGUCGACCUCGUGCUCUUGGGUGUAGCGGCUGCGUGCUUCUUCUCCCAUCUUGCUGGGCUGCAGGGCUUUAUGCGUGUGCCCGCAGCCCGCUGGCUCUUUCAUACGUUUCGACCUAAGUGCUAG